AUGAGCUCAACAGAAACCGAGAAGUCUGAGCCGGAGAAACCCAUCAAAGUGUGUGGACGAGCUCGUGGGAAAGGAUGUGGCCGGGGCAGAGCCUGCAAAAGGCCAGUGUCUGCAAGUGCCAGCAGCCGACCAGCCACCCAAGCCAAAGUUCAAGAUGAUGGCAGUGACGUUUCCACCUCUAGCUCAAGUCAAUCUGAAGAGUCUAGGCGCAUCGCAGCAGCUGCUGCUUCUUGGGAAGAUCACGCAGCUGGAAAGCGGAAAGAGUCCGACUCUGAAGACGGCGGUCCUACUUCCAACACCAGCCUCAACUUGAUCAACUUUAUGCGAGCUGCUGUGAAAGGUCUUCAAGUUGAUCAAGUGGAACUUGUCAGAAGGACUUUUUCUGAGACAGAGGUGGCACUUGGUGAGUUCUGUGCAGGAAUGGCCACAGGGAGCAUUUGUGCUGCUGCCAUCUCUCGAGUUUUAGAAGAAGAACAUGGCCUCUCAGUUCGAUUCCGCGCAGCUUUCUAUACAGAAUGUGUGCCAUGGAAACAGAAGAUCAUUCAGAGGGUCCAUGAGGCAGUAGAUGGCCAAACCAUGUUCAACAUUAUUUCAAGGACAGGUGACCUUGUUUCAAUGUCACGACAGAUGACUUGCGACAUAGCAGUGAAAGCGAUCGAGUGCGACGACAUCUCUACAUUGAGCAGAACGCCGCGCGGAGUGCUGGAUGUCACAGGAAAGAGUGGAAGCAGUUUUGUUGAAUUCCUUCAGUGGCUUUCCAGUGUCCAAUGGUCUUCUCGACCAAGAUUCAUUGUCAUAGAAUGCGUUGCGGCCUUGGCCAAGCUUCGCAAAGUGGUGCAAGAGCGCGGGACAGCAGUGGUGCAAACUGAGCUUGCAGAGCGUGGCUACUGUGGUAUCUUCAAGGCACAUGUCCUGUUUGAAUUUGAUUGA